GAGACAUUAAUUUCGGAAUCUAUCUCCGAAGAAGCUAUACAACAAGAGGAAAUGUCAAAAUUGUCUCCUGAAAAGUAUAGAGAAGAGCAAGAAGAGGAUGCGUCAAAUAUUCUUCAGAACAAAAUUUAUUCUUCUGAUAAAUAUGAGGAGGAGGAGGAAGAAGCAAAGCGUGUUAAUAUCUUAGAAGGUAAUAAGUAUCGAGCAAAUAUUCUCCAAGUACCUGUGACAGAACCGUCUGAAAAACCUAGUACAAUUGCACGCAUAGAUCAAUUUUCUAUAUCUCGAGGAGAUCAUGAAGCAAAGGGAUCUAGUAUAGAUGAAGAUGGCAAAAUUCAACAGCUGACUGCCGAAGCAAAAGCUAUUACUAAACUGGAAGAAAAGACAGAAAUUAAAGAUGAAGAUAUCGGUAAAAUACAAGAUGCUUUUGAGAAAAGCAUUAAAGAUAAAAUUUCAAUUGAGAAAGAAAAUGUUGAACAUAGAGAGGAUAAGUAUAACAUUAAGGAUAAUACAGACAUUCCGGAAGUUGAACAACCAACACAUGUGAUACCUGAUCAGGUAGACAAAACAUGUGAAUUAAAGCACGACGAAAAGACUAUUCAUGAUGAUUAUACAGUGCAAGAUGAAAAAAUGGACAUUUCAGUUAAUGUAGAAAACUUAAAUGAAAAAAAUGAUGAUAUCGACAUUUCACGAGAUAAGCAGGACUCAAAAAUAGGCGAAAACUAUUUCUUGAAACAAAAAGCCACAUUAGAUGCAGAAGGAUCAAAGCAAAUGGAAUGCAAUGACAGAAAAAGGAAAAGAUCUCCUAGCCCAGCAGAAGUCCAUCAGCUAUCUCCUGUGCCACGGAAAACCGAGGAUGAACCAGAUCUUGACGAAUCAGUUGUAAUUUUAUCAUGGU